GUUAGAAUUUAAGUUUUAUGAUGGGAUUAUACGUUAUUAAUUAGAUUUUUAAUUUAUCGCAAUAUGAUACAUUUAGAUUAGAUAGGAACAGUUCAGUAUAGAGACGUUUAACGUUACAGCAGAAGGUGAACCGACAGUGCAUCCGACAGUUCAUCGUGAUGUUGUCUCAGACCACAUUUCUUAGCUUGCUGCUGUCGUUCGCCACGUCGCGGCUGGCGUGCGCCGACCGCUACCACCCCGAGAGCGCUACUCGUAGUGGCGGUGUAACAUUUAACUCGAAGCCGGCGGAGUUGACCGCACAAUACUGGUCGGACGAAGCGCAGGCUGCUAUACGGGCGCGGAAGGCGCGCCUGCGGGACGCCGCCGCCGCCCCCACUGCGCGCAACGUCGUCAUGUUCCUGGGCGACGGCAUGUCCGUCACCACACUAGCGGCGGCGCGCACGCUGCUCGGACAGCGCCAGGGCCGCCCCGGGGAGGAGUCCCUACUAGCAUUCGAAACUUUCCCUACCGUGGGUUUGACCAAGACUUAUUGCGUGGACGCACAAAUUGCAGACUCCGCAUGCUCGGCGACAGCGUACCUGUGCGGCGCCAAGGCUAACCGUGGAACAUUGGGGCUUACGGCGGCGGUGCCGAGACGAGACUGCGCCGCCGCCGCCGACCCCGCCGCACAGCUCGACUCCAUCGCUGCUUGGGCACUUGCCGAUGGACGAGACGCAGGUAUCGUGACAACGACACGAGUGACGCACGCGUCUCCGGCGGCAGCUUAUGCCCGAGCCGCGAACCGUAACUGGGAGAACGAUGCCAGCGUACGCAGUAACAAUCAGGAUCCGAAUAUCUGUCUAGACAUUGCCCAACAACUCGUUCAUUCCUAUCCCGGAAAUCAAUUCAAGGUCAUUUUAGGCGGCGGCAGACGUGAAUUUAUUCCUACUUCAACUAUCGAUGAAGAAGGUACCCCAGGUCGUAGAACUGAUGGACGUAAUCUCAUUGAAGAAUGGCAGAUAGAUAAAAUAGCACGCAAUGCUACGUAUCAAUAUGUGUGGAAUCGUAGCCAGUUGACAAGCUUGGCUCAGAAUACUCCUGAGUAUAUUUUAGGGCUCUUCGAGGGAAGCCAUUUACAGUACAAUCUGCAAUCCGACUCUGCCUCGGAGCCGACGCUCACCGAACUCACUGAGGUGGCAAUUCGGUCGCUCAGCCGUAACAAUAAAGGGUUCUUCCUGUUCGUGGAGGGCGGGCGCAUCGACCAUGCGCAUCACGCGAACCGGCCACAACUGGCGUUGGACGAGACGCUGGAGAUGAGCGCGGCUGUAGCGCGUGCCGCCGAGCUGCUCUCGGAGGAUGACUCGUUGAUUGUCGUGACGGCAGACCACGCACAUGUCAUGACGCUCAACGGCUAUUCACCGCGCGGUACCGACAUUCUUGGACCCUCCAACGACCGCGACGAGGCGGGCGUGCCUUACAUGACGCUCUCGUAUACCAAUGGACCCGGUUUUCGCUCGCAUCUCAAUGAUACUAGACCUGACGUGACAACUGAAUCCAAUUUUAGGGCAAUAAAUUGGAGAUCUCACGUGGACGUGCCGCUCGAGUCGGAGACGCACGGCGGCGAGGACGUGGCGGUGUUCGCGCGCGGGCCGCAGCACGCCAUGUUCGCGGGGCUGUACGAGCAGAGCCAGCUGCCGCACCUGAUGGCCUACGCCGCCUGCAUCGGCCCCGGCCUGCACGCCUGCAGCGCCGCCACCCGCCACUUCACUAUAUUGCCUUUGUUAUUAAUACCAUUUCUUCUUUAUAAAUUAUUAAGAUGUAUUCGAUGUGAUGAUUCAAGAAGUCUUUUUAUAUUUUUAUAAUGCAAGGCUUUUUUGAUAGUAUAGGUUUUAUAGUACAUAGUUACAUUCUAUUCGCGCAUUAAUAAAUAACAUCAACGACGAUUCUUCGAAAACUUUUUGAAGCAAAGUAGCGCCUUAUGUCUCCUCAAUACCUAUUAUAUUUGAA